UCUCGUCUUCCUUACAGAAUCAUCCGGACCAAAGUGCAGCAACCGUUCAACCUCCCCAUGGACAGCUGCGUGGCCACCAAGUCCCUGAGCCCAGGACAUACGCUGAUCCCCAGCUCAGCCGUCACGCCCCCGGAGUCACCCCAGUCGGACUCCCUGGGCUCCACCUACUCCAUCAAUGGGCUCCUGGGGAUCGCUCAGCCUGGCAGCGACAGCAAGAGGAAAAUGGACGACAGUGACCAGGACAGCUGCCGGCUGAGCAUCGACUCCCAGAGCAGCAGCAGCGGGCCCCGCAAGCACCCACGCACGGACGCCUUCAGCCAGCACCACCUUGAGCCGCUCGAGUGCCCGUUCGAGCGGCAGCACUACCCGGAGGCCUAUGCCUCCCCCAGCCACACCAAAGGCGAGCAGGUGAGCUGCCAGGGCCUCUACCCGCUGCCCUUGCUCAACAGCACCGCCCUGGACGAUGGCAAGGCUACCCUGACCCCUUCCAACACGCCCUUGGGGCGCAACCUCUCGACUCACCAGACCUACCCAGUGGUGGCAGCAGAUCCUCAUUCACCCUUCGCCAUAAAGCAGGAAACCCCCGAGGUGUCCAGUUCUAGCUCCACCCCUUCCUCUUUAUCUAGCUCCGCCUUUUUGGAUCUGCAGCAAGUCGGCUCCGGGGUCCCAGCCGGUGCCUCGGUCCCGCCCUUCAAUGCCUUUCCCCAUGCUGCCUCCGUGUACGGGCAGUUCACGGGCCAGGCCCUCCUCUCAGGGAGAGAGAUGGUGGGACCCACGCUGCCCGGAUACCCACCCCACAUCCCCACCAGCGGACAGGGCAGCUAUGCCUCUUCUGCCAUCGCAGGCAUGGUGGCAGGAAGUGAAUACUCUGGCAGUGCCUACGGCCACACUCCCUACUCCUCCUACGGCGAGGCCUGGCGCUUCCCCAACUCCAGCUUGCUGAGUUCCCCAUAUUAUUACAGUUCCACAUCAAGGCCAAGUGCGCCACCCACCACCGCCACGGCCUUUGACCAUCUGUAGUUGCUAUGGGGACAGUGGGAGCAACUGAGCACCAGAAGGACUUGGCCAGGGACAGGCCCCAGAGAGUCACACAAAGGAAACUUUAUUUAUUACAUGAAAAAUAACCACAAGUCCAGCAUUGCGGCGCACUCCCUGUGUGGUUGAUUUAAUGAACCGUGAAAGACAGGAUGACUUUGGAGAAGUCCGAACUGUCCUCUAAGACUCCUUAAUGAGGGGCAGGAGUCCCAGGGAGAGAGAACUGUCCCAUUCCCAAAGAGACGCAAUUGGAGGAGAAAUGCGGAGAGAAGAGGGAACAGCUGAGGAGCUUGAGAGGGAUGGCACACGGGCCUGCGGUGGGCUUAGGGCCACACUGAGGCCCCCGUGGCCCCACCAUCGGCACACGGCUGCAGGCGCGGGCUGUGAGCACAUCUUUCCGGGCCACGUACCGCCGGGCGCCAAGGCUCUCCCGCACCGCCCCACGGACAGUCACCUCCCGCCUGCCCCACAGCUGAGGCCCCAGCUGUCCCUCCACCUUGUCCCUCAGCUUGCUUGGCAUUUCUGCACCUCCCUCCGGGCCCGGGCUGAGGGCUGGGGUGACUCGAAGCCUGAAGCUUCAGCUGAUGGUCAGCGGGGCCUUCCCAUUGCCUGCUGCGGAGAAUGUGUGAGCACACCCCAGGUUCUCCUCUGGUGGAUCAUUCCUUCGCAGCCAGACCGGCCAAUUCCAGCUGGAGACUGACAUUCCCCAGCCCCCCCACCCCCUCCAGCUCCUGGGGAGUGAGCUGCAGCCCUGCCCAGGGCCGAGCAAGGCAGACUUGCUGGGGCCCUGCUUCCCUCCCCGACAGCCCCUGCCAAGCGAGGUAUGCCGCCUGCAGCCCCAGCCCGCAGCAACUGAAGAGUCCCCGUGGCGACCCCCUGAAGCCAGCAUGGAGGUGCCCUCUCUGGCCCCCCGCAGCCCUUGCCUCCCCAAAGCCUGACUGUAAAUACUGUAAAUGAAGCUCUGUUUGGGUCAAGCUUCCCUCUUCCCACCCCCAGACUUUGGCCUCUCAGUGAAUUGUCUCCCUGCCAUGUUGGGCUUCUCUCCUUGACGCUUCUUUUCCUUUUUUUUUUUUUAAGAGACAACCCACCAUUACCACAUAACUCAAUAAACCAUUACUCUUCGUCUCAGGCUUUGGGGUUGGCUGGGGAAGGAAGCAGCCUGGGUCUGGGCUUUCUCCAGAGAACCUCAGAGCCCAGUGGACCAUGAGCUCACUUUGGGGGCGGGGGCAGGGAGUGGAAGGACCGUCUGAUGCCCAGGAGCCCUGGCUUCGCAUUCUCCCUCUCCCUCUGUUGCUAGAUGUUUAACGCUGGGCAGCCACUUCUCCUCAGCUUUGAUUUCCACUGUGCGUGAACGCCAGGAUAAAACGAGCACAUGGCAUGGUGCUGGGCCAAUCAUAGACUCCCCACGAGUAGUCACUCUUGUUAUUCACAGGAAGCCAGAGAAGCAGCAGGGAGGGUUGGUGAAGGUUCUGGGAGCGCUAUAAACUGGAGCCCACGUAACAGCUCGUGGGAGAGGAGGAGGGGAGAAGACGUUUCCUGGGCAGCCUGGGUGCCAGGCUCAAUAAGUUGCAUCAAUAAGUUGCAUCAAUAAGUUGGGGUUAGCCCCAUUUUACAUUUGAGGAAACUGAGGCUCAGACAAAAUGAAAUAACUUGCCCUAGGUGGGAAGUGGUGGGUUCAAUCAAGUCCUCUUGGAAAGACUGAGCAGUGGGGAGGCCCUGGCUGUGCAGGGCCAGGAAGCACUGAGGGAGCGUGCAGGGACUUCAGACAAUCCCUGUCUAAGAAAUGUUGGAGGACAAGAGUCACAUAAAAUGGCGGCCGCAAGGGCUCUGCCCCUGCCAGGGUGCUUGGCGGGAGGGCACCCUCUCCAUGUGGGGUGCGGCUGGGGCAGGGCUCUGUAGCAGGGCGCCCAGGUGCGUGCUGACAGCAGGGCAGACAACUGAGGUUGAGUCAGAGGAAGAGAGAACUCCACACCCACCAGGGACUCCAAGAGUAGGAGGGCUGAGGAGGAGACAUAGGGCUCUUACCCUCCUGGUCCUUCCUAAAGAGAGGCCAGGGAUGCUCACCAAGGAUGGCGUGAGAGGAGAGCCAUGGGACGGUCCCACGGAGAAAACCGGUCUCAUCUCUUCUGAGGGGCCCUGAGUUGAGGCUCAAUUUCCAAUAACAGCACUUCCCUCCAGCUACAAACAUGGCAGCAGGACUGAAUCCCAUCCUGUCUGAGGCUCCGCAUCAUCUCGAACCUCUGGGUCCCUGAGUGCCCUAAGACAGCCCCCACCUGGUUCUGGAGCAGCAAUGAACCCUCCAUCCAAGAUCACUUUGAGAUGCAUGGUGCCCCAAGGAGCCUGCAGAACGAUUUUGCAUUUGCAGCCAGAAACCUCUCUGGGAACACUGGGUGCCCCUGGCAGGCCUUCUCCAAACCCCAAAUGGCAAAGGGACUUGGGCCAUGCUUUUGCUGGGGGUGGCCAUGGUUCGGAACUCCCCUUGCUUUCUCUGAGGUGGGCUGAGCAGCCCAGGGCACUCUGCCUGAAGCAGGUGUUGGUGAGCGUGUGGUGUGGGCCAAGGGCAGCAUGCCCUGGCCGGUACCUGUCCAGACAGUCGAUCCAUGGUCAAAUCACAGUCCCCCUUUGGGGCUCAGAAAAUACAGUCAUCUCUAUAUUGGGGGGAAAUGGCAGUUUGAGGUGCCCCAGCAUUGGGGGCGCUAUUGAGAGAAGUUGGGGCAGCACAGGCAGGAUUUGGUAAAGGAGUGUGAGGAGGAUGGGGGGGACAUAGGGGUUGGUUUACCAUGUAGCAAGGUGUCUGUGAAGGUUUGUGGGAGUAGAGUGUAUGGGGAGGAGAAUUUGGGAUGAGGCCUGGGCCUGAGCCUUCCCAAGGCACAGAGGACCCAGCCUCAUUCACCCUGCACUCCCAGGCAUGGGGGGGGGGGUCCCUCAGCUUUCCAGGCAGCCCUCCCUGCUCCUGCUCCCUCAUCUUCACUCAUGCCCUUCAGUGACCACCCCCCCUCGCCCCUCCCAGCAUGCCCAGGCCAGCCCAGGUGCCAGGAGCUCCCAGAGCUCUGAGUGGGCCAGGGAGGCCCUGCGGGUGGCCAGAAGGGCUCUGCUAGGAGACAGAGCUGCUCAAACCAGCUGGGCCACCAGGUGGAGCAGAGCUGGUCUUUCUAAGGUGGGCUGGAGCUGGUGUGAUCCUCGGGCCCCCACUGCACAGCCCACAGGGGUGGGGACAGAUGCCCCUGGGAGUCCUGCCUCCAAGGCCAGCUCCAGGCUAGCUCCGCCUCCCCCCCCUUCUCCAAUAUUCUUGCUGUGAGUUGUUACUGAAGAGAGGGUGUUUUCCAUGGGGGCACGCACUCCACCCUGGCAACAAGCUCAGGCAAAAGGACUUCGUGGCCAUAGUGAAGUUGAGCCCAUCUCAUCCUCCUGCUUCUGUCCCCAAAUGCACACACCUUUUCUGGUGUGUCCCCACCUAGGUCUUCAUUAGGCGAUUCCUGAUGACCUUGUCCUUCGGGGUGAG